AUGGCUAGAAGACCAGCUAGAUGUUACAGAUACCAAAAGAACAAGCCUUACCCAAAGUCUAGAUACAACAGAGCUGUUCCAGAUUCCAAGAUUAGAAUCUAUGACUUGGGUAAGAAGAAGGCCACUGUCGAUGAAUUUCCUUUGUGUGUCCACUUGGUCUCCAACGAAUUAGAACAGUUGUCUUCUGAAGCUUUGGAAGCUGCUCGUAUUUGUGCCAACAAAUACAUCACCAAGGUGACCGGUAGAGAUUCUUUCCACUUGAGAGUCAGAGUCCAUCCAUUCCAUGUUUUGAGAAUCAACAAAAUGUUGUCAUGUGCUGGUGCUGAUAGAUUGCAACAAGGUAUGAGGGGUGCUUGGGGUAAGCCACACGGUUUGGCUGCUCGUGUUGCCAUCGGCCAAAUUAUCUUUUCUGUUAGAACCAAGGAUAGCAAUAAGGACAUUGUUAUUGAAGCUUUGAGAAGAGCCAGAUACAAGUUCCCAGGUCAACAAAAGAUUAUCUUAUCUAAGAAGUGGGGUUUCACCAACUUGGACCGUGAAGAGUAUAUUAGAAGAAGAGAUGCUGGCGAAGUCAAGGAUGAUGGUGCCUUCGUCAAGUUCUUGUCCAAGAAGGGUUCUUUGCAGGAUAACUUCAGGGAGUUCCCAGAAUACUUCUCUAACCAAGUCUAA